AUGCUGACAUUGCGUCCGGUGGCGCCAUUUUUACAACGGACCUGUUGCUCAUUGCGAUUUUAUGCCCGACCGACGACAACCACAUCGAAGAAAUCCUCAUCAUCCCCGUCCAAAACUGAGGCUAUGAAGAAAUUCGUUCAUCAGGAAACACUGAGGUAUCUCAGUCCGACGUGUAAUGUCAAAGUGAUAUCGGAUAUAUUUUUAAAAGUCCGUUCAGCAGAUGUUCAUGAAUAUCCAAAUGGUGAUGUUUUCAUUGCCCAGCUGCAUGGUGGUCCAGCCAAAAAUUGUCCCGCCUCUAUGGAGGUUAAUGUUAGCGAUGAUGAGAAUAAUGUGGAGGUUGUGGUUAAGAAAUUAAAGGAUGAUACGGGAGAUUUCUUUUGUGAACUGGAAGUGCCGGUUAAGGCAAGUUUAGAGGCUACAUCGAAUAGUGGUGCAAAUAUAUCGAAAAUUUUCGGGGAUUUCCUCAAAUUAAAAGCGGAAAAUUAUAUAAGUGUAUCGGAUGUCAAGGCGGAGGAGAUCAGCGUUGAGAGUGUCAAUGGGAAUGUGUUUAGUCGUGGUCUUUUGCUGGGCAAGCGAACGAAAAUCGUAACCAAUAAUAAUGGUCACAUUAUUUUAGACAAACUCCAAGGUGAUGAGAUCCUCUGUAAGACCGACAAUGGUAAUAUCACAACAAAUUGCUGUUAUGUCGAGUCAUCAGUUUUCGAAACGAAUGCGGGCGAUUUGGACUUGAAAAAUAUACACAAGACUAGUCAGGUUAAUGUACAACAAGCCGAAGGGAAUUUGAAAAUGACUGGCGUCCAUGGCAAUUUAAAUGUCAACUUUAAUGGUACUGCUAUGGAGCUACAAUUAUCCGAACUGAAUGGUGAAAAUUGUAUUAAAUCAAAUCAAGCCAAAUCGAUUGUUAUAAACAUUUCCGAUGACAUUGAAAAUAAUACUUCGAUAUUGGCGAAUUUGCAAAAUAAGAAUUCGGGCAUAACAUUGGAUCCUUCACUUCAGCAUUUAAAUGAAGGUCUUUCGGAAAAUAAACAAUGUUUUAAAUGGCCCAAAGACAAGGAACAAGAGUGUAAGUUAGAGGUAAAUGUUAAUAGUCCAUUGACAUUGGGUAAAUCAUCAUGGGCGGAUAUGUUACGUUUAAAAAUGCAGCAAAAUCAAAAGAAUAAUAACAAUAAUAACAAUGCAAUGUAA